GCAGCUGCCUGACAAUUUCAGCUGGCGUCUGAUUCAGCUGCGUUUUUACUACAAGGAAGCAUCACAGAAAAUGUCACCUCAACACAAAACCAAAAAAAUAGUAAUUAAAAUCCCACGCCAUCCAUACAUAAUGGCGCAAGACGAGUUAAAUUACACAGAUCGCGUGCAGAUACGUAAAUGUCGCGUCAACUUGGAGCGCAUCAAAGGACACCAGAAUCCAUUAACAUUAAAGAAACCAAACGCAAAGCGAUGCUGCGUUCGGGUUGCGCGUCUGCCAAACGUGGAACGCAAUGAGAUGUCCGUGACGCCAGCCAGUUCAAUAGUCUGCUCCGAUUUCGACGAUGAAUCCACACAUGAAUAACAAUGUUAGCGGAUGAUGAAAUACACUUGCUAUGCAGAACAAAGACUUUUGACGAGACUCAAUGAGAGCGUGCUGUCCGGGGAUCCCAUAUUCACUGUAAUAUUAUAAGAAUAUUUACACACAUUUGUAACGAAAUAAAUUUACUUACUGUUUGCUAACAAA